UGCAUCAUUUCGCUAGUUUGCUCAACUCUUUGCUAAUCUGCGUGGCCUGUGCGCGCGCCUGCGCACCAAUCUCUCCGAGUUUGUUGGGAGUGUUCCCUUUGCUCCCUCCACUCGAGUCAGCCGCCGUGCUAACGUCCCACUUGCUCUUGCGAGCCUUCUUUGCCCCUUCUCCCCCACUACCACCUCCACUACUGCCUCCAGGUCUCUUUGUCCCCUUCACAAACUCUAUCUUUGUCCGCUCCUGCAACUUUGCCUUCUCCUUCUUUUCGUAUGCCUUCUUCUGUGCCUCCAGCAGGUUCUUGUAGUUAGACUCUUCACCCCAUGAUUUUGGGUCGUAAAGAUGCUCAGGGAAGUUUGUUCCAAACUCGUCCAAGUCAAGUACAGCCACUAGUUUCUCGUAUAUGCUGGGGUUCCGGAAGUCCUUGCGACCCUGGAGGUGUUUGUUCAGGUCCAGCCCCAGCCGCUGCUCCUUCUGUAGGAGCGCCACCACUUUGUCUUGCAGCGCCUUCGAGCAGCGGCCUGGGGGUUCUGGAGGGAGGUGCGCAUUAUUUAGAGGCAAGAAGAGAGGCGGUUGGGAAGACGUGGAAUCGAACUCGGUGUCAGACUUCGUGGCCUCGUCCAUUACAUCUGGCGCCAGCAACAGAGGCGAGGUAGAGAUUCUGCCGUCUUCCACGUCUUCUUCUCGUUCUGUGGGCGCCGCAAACACGCUGUCGUCGACUCGACUCUCGUUCAUAUCGUCCUCCUCCAUGUAGUCAACGAGGAGUGGUGCCGACUGGACCACGGGAGGGACGAACGCGGGUGGCGUCGUGGAGACGAGUCGCCCGGCGGCCGAUGCCGAGCGUGAGGGAGGGAUGCCGAGCCCCUGGACGACCACGGCCGGCGGAGUCCGUCCCGUGGACUCAUGUUCCAGCUCCUCGUCGUCAGAGAUCUCCGAGUCUCCCGUGUAGCUCACUAGCCCCAGACGCCCAGACAUCUCCACACUACAACAGAGUUCAGUUGGCUAGAAGAUCAGAGCGAGACGUCCGAUCGGUGGCUGGUCGGCGCGCGAAAAAAAAACGUUUCAAUAUUAAUUUUACGUCGUCGGUCGGUUUAUAGGUCUUGACCACGUGGGAGUGGGUUUAGCUUGCGGGGGUUGCAGCGCUACCGGUAGCUGCUCUCCACUCGUCUCUCAUGAAAGCGCCUCGUGACUGCUAGCACGGCAUCCACGUGCGGCAGUCAAUCAAAACUGGGGAAGACGUCAAAAUGGCGUCGAGUAGGACCCGGUGCCUAUCGGUGGACGAGGUGGGGUUCUUCGAGGGAGCCGAGAAACUGCUGGAGGUCUGGUUCUUGCUGAGUCCGGAGCCUCGCCAGCCGCUCGGGGACUCCAGCAAGAUGGGCCUGAGAAUUAUACCUAGGCUGGAGCUGGAGGAUCUGCUGAGUCUUGUCCACUGCAAGAUACUCAGCCACUGCUGCAGCGAAUCCAUGGACGCCUACCUUCUCAGUGAGAGCAGUCUGUAUGUGUCGGCAAACAGGUUCAUUCUGAAGACGUGUGGUACUACGUCCCUGUUCCAUGCCAUCGAGCCUCUGAUCUCACUCGUCAAGUCUUAUUACCCACAGGCAAAAGUAGUGGACUUGUUUUACUCCCAUUUAAGUUUCCUGAAGCCACACCUACAGCCACACCCACAUCACAGCCCAAACGAAGAGACUGCAUACCUGGACCAGAUAUUUCCAAAUGGAGCUGCCUAUAUCCUUGGAAAGCUGAACGGGGACUCAUGGUAUCUCUAUACUCUGGACAACCUGGAGCACCCUCACCAGGUUCCCGACCAGACACUGGAGAUAUUGAUGCUGGAUUUGGACCCCCACAUCUUGUCCCAAUUCUCCAGCAGUGUCUACAGCUCAGCCAGGGAGCUCACCACUGCAAUGGGUCUGCAAGACCUCAUCCCUGGCGCAAUACUCGACGACAAGAUCUUUGAACCUUGUGGAUACUCCCUCAAUGCCAUCGUGAAGGGAGACACCUAUUUCACAGUCCACGUGACUCCACAGCAAGAGUGCUCCUUUGUCAGCUUCGAGACCAACCUCGAGCAGGCCAGCUACGACCAUCUCAUCGCCAUGGUGAUGCAGCUGUUCCGCCCCGGUCGCUGCACCCUCUCCCUCUUUGCCAGCAAGAUGGCAAAGUGUGGGUCAUCAUAUGAGGCGCUGCAAGGACCAAAUAUCACUGGAUACAGAUGUAACGACCGUCAGUACUGCAAGUUCCACUUCUAUGACCUCACCUUUGCACACUACUCCAGAACCACGCCCACCUCCUCACUGGGGAAUGGAACCAUGCCCACCUCAGUUGGGAAUGGAGCCAUGCCCAACUCUUAUCAGAAUGAAACCACGCCCAUCCCAUAACAAAUAAACAACUGUUGUUCUACAAUUAAGUUGGUGUUGUUUCGACUUUUUUUAAAGAAUAAUUGCCGUCCAUUUCCAAAACAUUUUCAAUUUUGAUUCAGCCUGUAAACUUGUGUAUUAUAGUGCUGGCAAGAUUUUUCAAUCAGUCAUGUGAUAUUGUAAUCUCAGUUGUGUGACGCAAGCUCACGUGCCUAUAUCACAGUACUAACAACAAAAACUGCAACAAUGUCAUACAUAAACAGAACAGUAUUAUACAAAUAUACACACAUGAAAUGUGUGCUGGAG